CGAAGAGCUCCAAUGGUCGGGUUACUCUAAGGCACCCUCUAAGGCGCCUAUCCACAAACACCAUCCAAAUGAACAAUUAAAGAAGUGUUUUUCCAGUUACAAGAUGGUAACAAAAUGUUUGAGUAAGGCGUUAACCAAAAGACCAACCGUUGAUUCUGAGUCUGAUUGCUGCGCCAGGAUCGAGAAGUUGAAUGAAAACUGUAAACAUACGGAAUUCGGAUCAUUCAGUAACAACUAUGUUCAGAAACAUUGUUCUAGCAACAAGGUUCCUACUCCUGCUUAUAGUUUAUUUUGA